AUGAGCGAUUCAAACCAUUUCAAUCUUGAGAUAGGUAUUUGCCGUAAAUUUCGUUUCGGAGCUUUUUAUCAACAAGCUCCUUCAUUAUCGUUCUAAAAAAUGGUUGAUUGAUUCUAGGGCUAUCCAAACAAGUCGGACUGCUUUUUGGCUUUUUUUUUCCAAAAUUUUAAAUUUGAGCAUUAAAGCUCCUUAUCUUUCUUUUGAGACUCGAGCGGUUUGGUCGAAUGCUUGUGCCAUGGUCCAUUUCUGCCUCUCCAUAAAAAGCUGCGAGAAGAUGUGCCCGGACGGGUUGUUUUGCCGGUCGGCGUCUUGGCCACCGGCGCUCUUGCAGUUCAGAAGACUGGUCGACGUGUAGCAACACGUGUACAAUUACGGUACGACGUCUUCGCCGACGAGAAUUCCGCCGACCAGAACCGGUUUGCGCGUCGCCUUGUCUCACCAUUACUAACUGCCGUCGCGCACACAAAAGCUUAAUUUCCUGGUUUCGGCUGAAUUUUUGCUGAACCAACUUUUAUUUUCAUGAAAUCGAAAUCUGCUAAUUUACUUAGUUUGUAGGCUAAAAAUGCGCUUUGAGAUCCUUUUAUGUUUUAAUAACUUUUUUAUUGAUAUGUAAAGAAAAAUUAAAGAUUUUUUGUUUGUUAGAAGUUACUUGUUCAGAUCAACGUCAAUAUUGGAAUGCCAGUUUAGCGUUUUAGUGCUAAAAAUUUUUAAAACAGCACUUUUCGAAUAAUCAUCUUCCAGAACUUUUUUCGAAGAUGAAGAGCAGGUAGUCCCAUGAAAGUUGAAAGCGGAGUAUUCCAUUUUCCAUUUACUUUGUCAAUGAGGAACGGCCGGGUUUUGAAGAUAUGACCUCCAAAGAAAGUCGGAACUAGACAUGGAGUGUUCAGGUCUUCUCGGUCCGAAGACCAGGAGGAGGGCGGAUCUGCGGUUAUCGUUAGGAAGGCCCUGCGGUGUUCCCCGCAGUGGACCGUCGAUCCGCGCGACCUUGUCCUCCUUCCUCUAAUUUCUUCCUCCAUUCUCCAAAUCUUUGUUAUUUCUUUUUUCACGCUCAUUAACUAGUCACCAAUGCACUUCGAUUGAGAAGGAGCUGUAUCUCAAUUAUUGAGAUUUCGUCUCAUUUUCGGAGUUGCAGCGCAAAAAUUGGAAGUAAAUUUGCAACUUAUUUGUUAUUAUUGAUUGAAGACGAAGGCCGUGAAGUUACCUUGUUUUGUGCGUAUCUCGUGUCUAAUUAUCUCAAAAAAAGCUCGAAAGUUUUCAGAUGAGGGCGAUUCUGGUGCUGUCGGCGCUGGUCGCCUAUGCCUACUCAAACAAAAUGGAUCAGAUAAAGGAUAUCUACCAAAACCCCUUGUCUCACGGUUAGAAGACGAGUCUGUUGAUGAUCAAGAAAGGAAGUUCCAGGCUUCGGCGAAGACAUCGAGUGGGUCAAGUGGGAAGACGCCAUUGAGAACGCCUUGGACACAAACAAGCCGAUUUUCCUUCUUAUUCACAAAUCCUGGUGCCACGCCUGUAAAGGUCAGUUUUAGUUUUGAAAAUGAGAGUAUCAGAUAUAAAAGAAGAGGUUUUUCAAUACGCUUUCACAAAAUCUGUUCAUCUCACCAAAAGUGUCAAUUGCUCUUCUUUUCCUGGAAACUUCGAUCGUUAUUAGGUCGCCACCUUUUACGUUUCACGCUCAAGAACCGUGUCAAGGAUGCGCGAAAAAAGCUUUUCAAGAUUUCUUUUUGGUAAUUUUAAAGUUUUUCUCAAAAAAAGAAACAGUUUUAAAAUUUUCUCAAAUGUUUAAAGAAACUCUAAAUUCAAAUAUCUCAAAGCAAAAAAAAAUUUACAACUGUAUUAAAAUGUUCAGGAAAACAAAAAAAACCUAGCUGGUCCUAUUUGAAUUUUAAAAAUAAUAUUUUUCUAUUUUUGAAAUCAAUUAUAGUGUAAAAAGUGGACUCGAAAUAGUAUUCAUAUUUGAAAAAAAAGCCUUUCUUUUGAACUUUUUGAACGUUAAAAUUCUUUUUUGAGGAAGUAUUUGAGAGAAAUCGAAUACAAGAAGGAUGCCACCCGACUCCUAACCUAAUUUUUUUCGAAAAAGUGAAUCUCAAAAAAAUUUUUUUGAUUAACUUUUUUUAAACUUCGAGUUAUUAUUUUUCUAUAUUUUAAUUUCAAUCGUCAUGAAAAAUGCUCUACUCGAAUAGAGCUGGGGAUUCAAAAAAAUAUAUUGUAGUUUUUUUAAUGAUUUUCAAAUGAUAUCAUAAAAAUUUAGUGUUUCCUGAAAAAAUUUUUUGCUGAAACGAACCUUCCAAUUCAUUUUUUUAUGCCGAGUAGUACUGUAUAUUUCUCCCCCGCUCACAGCAGAGUCUGGAUCUCUGCCUUUUGCACACUAUUCACAACCCUAACUUAUUUCACGUUUAAUUUAAAAUUCAAAAGUUUGAAAAUCGUGUCUCGAAGACUCUCAUUUUCGUUAUUUUUAUCAAGCCAAGUUUUCACACAAUUCCAAAUCUUUCUUUCACAAACACUAACAUAUUUAAUUUAGAAUCCUGAUUUUCAUUCAACUUUUGCAGCGUUGAAGAAGACGUUCCAGCAGUCGAAUGCUCGCAAGGCGUUCAAGAAGCUCAGCGAGUACUUCGUCAUGGUCAACACCGAGGAUGACGAUGAACCUUUCGAAGAGGAGUACCGGCCGGACGGAAAGUACAUCCCACGACUCAUAUUCCUUGGUAUUUUCUUCUUUCAUCUGGUUUUCAUACGAUUUGGACGAGGACGUCUCUCACGCUCGAAAUGCCUUUCAGACAAGAACGGCGAUCUUCUGCCAGAGUUCAAGAACAAGAAGGCCGAGUACAAGAACUACGCCUACUACUACUCUUCUCCAGCCGACAUCCUCAACUCGAUGAAGGACGUCCUUCGACACUACGACAUUGAUGUACGCAGUUCCCGAAACGGAAAAAAUACAUCGAUUAUUAAGGUCCCGGAACUGAAGAAGGGCGAGAAGCUGAAGCCGAAGAAGCCUGAACGCAAGGAGAAGAAGGAGGAAAAGAAAGAGGAGAAGAAGAAGGACAAGAAGGAAGACAAGAAGCAGGAAAAGGCCGAACUCUAA